AUGCCUUUUCCCUCUCCUGACAGACUUCCUCAGAGCACCCGAUUCACGGACACGAAAAAAAAUGCAGUGACUGCUCUUCUUAAUCUCUUGAUUUUUGAAGAUAACAAAGGCAGCAUAGUGACCUCCGGAGCUGUCACGGGGAUUGUUCAUGUGCUAAAGGAAGGUAGCAUGGUAGCAUGGGAAAACUCAGCGGCUGCUCUUUUCAGCCUCUCUGUAAUUCAUGAAAAGGACUUUAUCAUCGCUUCUGCAGGAGCGGUUUCACCUCUUGUGUUACUGUUGAGUGAAGGUACUGAGAGAGGGAAGAGGAUGGCAACCAACGCGAUGUUUAAUUUAUGUAUAUAUGAGGGUAACAAAAAGAGGGCUGUGAGGGCGGGUGUAGUCCCGAUGUUAAUGGAGCUUCUUGUGGAACCAGAGGGUGUUUUGAAGGAUAAAGCGAUAGCCAUUCUAGCCAUACUCUCAAUCCACCUUGAAGGGAGGUUGGCUAUUGGUAUAGCAGCAGCUUUGCCGAUUUUGGUUGAAAUUAUUGAGACUGGAUCCCCGAGGAACAAAGAGAAUGCAGUUGUAGUUUUGGUGGAACUUUGUUUGGAAGAUCAAAAUUAUUUGGUGGAGGCUCAAGAACUUGGAGCUAUGGAGAAAAUGAUGAAUUUACUAGAGCAUGGUACGGACAGGGGAAAGGUAAAAGCCAUAGAGGUGCUAGAAAAGAUAAAAGAGUUGGAAUAUUUCAGGUGA